AUAGAAGGCAUUGUUUUAUGUUAGGAUUUUCAAAAUAAAGCUUAUUUUGUUAGUUAUUGGCUGGUUUAUCUUACUUUAUCUCAGCUAAAUAAUUUAUAAAACUAUUUGUCACUGAUACCAAGAAACCUACUCAAUAGACUAUUUUACCAGGAAUCACGGAUUUAAAAAUUAUUUUGGAGCCCUAUGGGGGUUAAUAUCGAUGCAGUCCUUUCAGGGCUGCUAAAACCAUGGGAAAUUGUUGCGUUAACUGUUGGCCGACAUGUGGUAAAACAGGGCCUCUUUGUAAUUUUAGCAUGCUAUCCAAAUCAAAUACCGAUUUUACCUUUCUCAUUGAGGAGGAGUCUGCUUGCGGAGCCACAGAAACUAGGAGUUUUUUUACGAGACUUCUUGAGAGACAUAAGAAAAAACAAAAGAAGCAAAACACUAGCAUGGUUGAAAAUAUGUUAAAUCCUAAUCAUUCAUAUAGUAGGUUAUCAGAAAGACAACGAGCUUUAUCACAAGGUUCCUUUAAUAACCGAGACAUCCAGCUGCAGAGUUUAGAUGCAGGGGCUCUUCUCGGUAGAACAAAUACUUCAACUCCAGAAAAUUCAUUGGAUUUAGAGUGGGAGCAUGAGACUUUGCCCGUAUCAUUAGUUCAUGAUCCUUCAGCAAGCUCAUGGGGUACUUCACUCUUUCGCGAAGACACUUUAGCCAGUCAAGCCAAUACCAGUCCAAACCAUAACGAAGGCGUUGGUAACACUAGCGAAUCCGACUGGUCUCGUGUGUCAUCCUCGGCCAAUAGUUUAGAAUGGGACAGCGUUCAAAAUUCGGCGCAGUCUGAUGUCGACACGUUAGAUAUCGAUACGCAGUUUUUAUUGAAUGAAAUUGAUCGUUUGACCAAUCAGGCUCUUAAAGAGACAGGUACUCUUCCCGACAGUGUAAGUUAUUUAGACGACACAGUGUAGUCUAUACUUUAGACGUAAAUUUACGUCAUUACUUUUAUGCCAUCAAACAUUCCACUAACUUAACAGUCUGAGGUUUUUUCUAAUAUCAAUUUUGAAACUUAAAUAUAUUUUAUAGAUUUUUCAAGAUUUGAAAUAUCAUUUUAAAAGGUUGUUUAAAAGGUUGUAUUCGUUUAGUUUUAAUAAGAUGCAUUUAAUCAAGAGUUUUGGUAUAUUUUUAGAAUCAUAAAUGUAUGUAAAAGAUGUUUGUUGCAUAUUAUGACGUAAAUAUUAAAUACAACUAGUUAAGUAUGUAAUUAUUUAAGUUUUUCAAUAUUUUAUAAUAAUCUGUUCAAAAUAGGAUCUUCUAUUUCUAGAGUAGAUUAGAAAUAAAAUAAUUAUUUGUAUAUAAAGAAAGUUAAUUGUUAACUAUCUAAAGACUGUAAGGUUAAUGUAACAUUAAUCAAAAUACAAAUUAUUUUUGAAUAGGUACUUGAUUAAAUAGGGAUUAAUCUGUGAAAUACAUAUUACCAGAAGAUUUCAACAACUAAGCUGAAAAGAAUAGUAAUAUUAUUUUUAAUUAAUAUUAAGAAAUGUCGGACUGAAAUAGUCCAGACUAAAAAACUGUUAUCAACUGGCUACUCAUAAUAUACAAUCAGUUGUUUAAGUAUUAGCAACAUUUCUAAUAGGUUUGCAUUAAAUAACUAUGAAUAAUAAAAUACUAUGUAUAGUUUGUCCAGCGACAGAAAUGAGUUCCACAGACAUUUGAAAAAAAAUCCACAAUCAAUCCACAUUUUCCUUAAAAUGAGACAAAAUCUAAUGUUCCUAUAUUUUCACGGAACAUCUUAAGGUGCGUCCACAUGCUUGUGAUCCUGCUCGCGCCCUUGCUUCUGUGCUUGCGUUACUUGCGCUUCCUGUUUGUCGUGUUUCUCAAGAUCUUUUGGCUCGCAAGCAACGGCGUCCACACUGUAAUGUAGUGCUUGCGUUCGUGCUGUUCGGACAUGGAUGAUGAUGAUGCCGAAGUAUUUUUAAUAGCGGCUGCUAGUGGGAUCAUUAUUGCAAAACGAAGGAGACUAAGAGAAAAAAAGACGGUGUUGGAUGUCUAAUAAUUUCAAAAGUAGAUCCCAGUACAGUGAAAGUAAGCUUCUACACGAUUUACAAACACACAGAAUGUUUUUAAAUAAUUUUUAUCGCAUGUCCGCUACUGAUAUUGAAAGACUUUUUAGUUGGCCCCCGCAUAGAAAGAAAAAUACAACUUUUAGGAAGUGUAUUCCGGUUAAAGAAAGAGUUAAAGAAAGAUUGGCCAUAACAUUAAGAUUCCUUGCAAGACCUUGUGGAGACUCACAUACCAGCUUGGGUUAUUUAUUCAAAGUUUACAAGCAAAGCAUUUCAAAAAUAGUGCCAGGCGUAUGCCAAAAUAUAAAUAAAGUUCUCAAAGAUCAGAUUAAGAUAAGUAGGCAUUAUAAAUAUAGAGUUAUAUUUUAUUAAUAGGUUAGUAAGCGAGGGUUUUAGGGUCCGAAUAAUGAACACCUGCCCCGAUUGACCUGAAAUUUUAGCAGUGAAUAGAUAUGUUAUAUUGGUCCAACAUAUAUAUACAUAUAUAUUAGAAACAAAAGUUACAUAGUACCGAUGGGUGCUUUCACCCUGGGGGUGAGUGCCACUCCUUCUCGGGGUGAAAGAUAAAUCACCAAUUUUAAUUGCAAAAAUCAAUAAAGGUGAAUUCUAAGCAAAAAAUGUUUCAAAAACACAACUAUUUUUAAUUCUGAACAAAAAAAUAAGAAAAAUCAUGGUAGCAUCAUCAUACUGCAGUAAAUACCGAAUCCUAUAAAUGAAACUAAACUAAAAACUAAACAAACGCAAACAGCUCGAGCGCUUCGAACCGCCGCACAUAGGUCAUUUUAUGUAUUUUAGGAAUUAAUAAAUAAAAAAAUUGAAUGUCGAAAAAAAUAUUUUUUUAUAUUUCAUCUUGGAGCUAGGGCCCCAUAGAUAUUAUUUCUGCAAUAUUAUAUUUUAAUAUUAACAAAGGUGGCCAUGGCGAGAAUGACAAUAUCAAAGUUUGUUUGAAUUAUUUCGCGUUGUAAAAUUACUGUCAUUAGUUCAUAAAGUUUCGAAUUUUGUUGUUACGAAUAGAAGGUGAGUUUAAAAAGUAGUGCUGUGUUAUUGUGUACCAUAAGGUAAGAUUUAUUAUUAAAAAAAAUAAUAUCCGUUUAAAAAGCUUGUGACUUGGCGAAAAGAUACAAUGUUUUAAUAAUAAGAAAAAAAUAGUUUUUUUCAUAACUUUGUAUUUAAAAAUGUUUAUAAUUCAGGAUUUAUACAGAUUUAUUUCAAGAACAUUUUUUUCGUAUUCACAAUCAUUUUAUCGAUUAAUCUAUCCUAAAUUUAACUGCCAAGAUGUGCCAAGAGUAAAUAUAUAUAUAUUGUUUUAGGUACCAUGUCAAUAGAAAAAUCUCUCUUGUUUUCUGCUUGGUGUGAAGGCAAUUCUUUGAAGAACAAAAAUGCAUCUGUUUUGCCAUUUGUUCUGAACACGCUAAAUUUAGGGCAACAUGUUGGCGACGAACAUUAUAAUGAAAUAGUGAAAAUUAUUAAAAAAUGUAAUUAUUAUUAUUAUUACUCUUUGUCUAAAUGUGUGGGAACACGGUCAAAUAAGGAACCAUUUAUCAAAGAAGUUCUUAAUUUACUUCGAGAGCGUACUUUACAGGCAUCAGAGUUUGAUGAAAAUAUUAGUCAGGAUGAUGAUAUCAUCGAUAUUAUGUCUCUAAAAGGGUACCUACAUAGUGAGGCAUCUCGAUGCGAUGUUCGCCGCGAUGCAUCCUACGCGCACUUACUCGUUUGCAGUGCUUAGAACGUGCGCGUAGGAUGCAUCGCGGCGAGCAUCGCAUCUAGAUGCUUCACUAUGUUUGUACCCUUAGUAGUGACGAGGAUAUCGAUAGUGAUUAAAUAAAAAUAUUAUUACAUAAAUUUCUCUAGUAAAAUAGUGUUAUUAUCAUUUUAUUUAUAUUUGUUAAAUGUUUUAGGUUGUUUUUUUCAUUGUUCAAGCUAAUUUUUACUUUCAAUUAACUUUAAAAUUAAAAAUUAAAUUUAGUAAACCUUCUAGAUACUAAUAAAUUCACUUACAAAAAAGUAACGAACUACAGUUUUUGUUUGAGUUCGAUAUAAUAA